CCGCAGGAGCCCUCCCUCCCUCCCUCCCCCGCCCGGCCGCGGCCGGUCCCCGCCGGCCCCGCACCGCCGCCGAGCAGGAAGGGCCCGAGGGAUGGGGCUCGACACGGUGAAGCUUCGGAGGCCCCCGGCAAGGGAGCUGCCCGCCCAAGGAAGACGGCAAGGGGUUGCAGUCUGACCCGCACAGCCGGCAGGGCAAUGAAGCUGAACGAGCGGAGCGUGGCCCACUACGCCACCUGCGACUCGCCUGCCGACCAUGCCGGCUUCCUCCGCAAGCGAGUGGAGCGGCACCACCACCAUGCCCACCACCACCACGCCACCUCCUACCAGCGCCGCUGGUUCGUCCUCAAGGGCAACCUCCUCUUCUACUUCGAGGAGCGGGAGAGCAGGGAGCCCGUGGGGCUGGUCGUGCUGGAGGGCUGCACUGUGGAGCUGUGCGAGGCUGCCGAGGAGUUCGCCUUUGCCAUCCGCUUUGAUGAUGCUGGCGCCAGGGCUUACGUGCUGGUGGCUGACGGACAGGCUGCCAUGGAGGCCUGGGUGAAGGCACUCUCACGAGCCAGCUUCGACUACAUGCGGCUGGUGGUGAGGGAGCUGGAGAAGCAGCUGGAGGAGGCCUCCAAGACCUUGGCCGCUUGCCACAAGUCUCCGCGGAGGUCCUCCUCCUCCGGCAGGAAGAGGCAUCUCUCCAACCCCGCCUUGCUGCCCCUCCAGGAGAAGCCCACCGUCCUGGAGAACGGUUACUCCACCUGGGGUAGUGGUGGUGGCGUCCCUGGUGGGGCUGCCGGCCUUGACCGUGAUGGGGGACACACGAAGCCCCCACCCCUGCCUCCACGCCGGCGUUCGGCCGCCAGCAGUGCUGUGGGGUCCCCGGUGCCCAGCCUCUCGCCAGCCAUGCCGGAGAGCCCGGUGUCACCGGAGACGGCCUGCUUCUCCAAGCUGCACAGCUGGUAUGGGCAGGAGAUCGCGGUGCUGAGGCGGGAGUGGCAGGAGAGGCAGAAGAGGGGACACCCGUGACCGGGGGCGCAAGCCACCGGCCAGCUGAUGCCCGGCAGCCUGUCUCCCAUGCGGGAAGAGCGAUGCGAGGGAUGCUGCUUGCCCCCUGCCCUGGUUGGUGGCCAAGUGUGUGGUGCGUGUGUGCUUCACUAGCAUGUAGGAGGGACCCAGGUCUUCCACAAACCUCACGUUUCAUUUCCAUGAGGCUUUAUGCAGCUGGAGAGCAUGUAAUACCAGGGGAGCCGCCUUGGAGGGGGCCCAAAUCGGCACAUAUGCAGCAAACCUUGCCCAACAGGGUUGGCCCCUUGCCAUCCUGGCGUGGUGGAUGCUCUGGGUGCUUCAUCAACCGCCUCUCCCCCACCACUUUUUUUUCUUUUGGUUUUAUUUCUCAGUGUGGAAGUUUGCACAGGUCAGCGUUUGUUAUUGUCUGUGGUCUUGCGCCGAAGUCCUUCUGCCUUUGCUCUUUCGCUGCAGAUAAGGCUGGGCUCUUACGAAAUGCCUCCGAUAGGCCGCUGGCCCUGGUGGGUGUCUCCAGCCUUGUGCUCCUCUCGCCCCAGGACACGCGUGAGCCACCAUGGCUGUGGCUGGCCCAGCAGCCAGGGCAACAAGGACCGGGCUCUUGCGUCGUCAUUGUUUUUUUAUUUUCGUCUGCACUAACCCUCCUCCCUGCUAAAUCCCACAGGAUGUGGGUUUCACGGGCUUGCAUCCACCUCUUUGAGUGCCCGAGCUCAGCAGCCAGGCUGAAAAGGAGGCACUGAGCCUGGUCUGAAGCAACAGCGAGGCCCAGGAGCUCCCCAGGGCUGAUCUGGACUCUGUCAAGCGGUGGCCAACCACGCCGGUUAAUGUCCUUCCCUCUUCCAAAACAGGGACACUAAAGCCUCUUUGCCUUGCCAGGGGUGAAUUUAUCAGCCUCUGCGCAGACUUUAGCUCCUGCAAAGUGCCAUAUAGGGCUCAGCCGGCUGGUUGGGCAGCUUGCCCAAGACGGUGUCCAAAGCCGUGCUCUUGCGGAGCCUCUCUCAUUGUUGCGGCUCUGCCCAGCUCCUGGCAGAGCUGCGCAGUCGGAGGAGAGACUGUGGAGGGAGAAGUGAAGGUGUGGGUGCGAGUUACAGGUUGCACUGACUGACUGCGUGCCAGUAGUGUCUGGCCUUGCCCCUCGAGCAUCAAAGCCAUGUCACUGCCUUCUACCGAAGCCAGCACUUUCCCUCCAAUUUCGUGUCAGCAUCACUCGGCUCAUCGCCGUAGCACGUCCCAUCCUCCCGGCGGGUGAGGAAGGCUGCGGGGAGGCAUGCCUGCUGCCUCGCUACAGAAACAGACUUGUCCUUCAGUCAGAAACCUUGGCCACGAGGCAGAUGGUACGAGUAGGUGGGUGCUGAGUCCAGGGACUGGAACACCCUGGAGAUGGGGGUUUAUAAAUCUUCUGCCUUAUCCUCUUGACAAGGGCUGUUUUUCAGAGCAGGAAAAAUGCGUGAAGCAGGCUUGCGCUUCCUAUUGAACAGUGUUAAACCUGGUUUAUUGUCUGUUUUAUUAAGGAGCCUUGCUAGGAAAGCAAGAGGCCAUUCCAGGUCAUGACUGGUAGGAACCUAUUUGCCUUUCUGGAGUUAAACGCACUCAGCUUAAUACUUUGCAAUAGCCAGUAGAGAUUGCCAACGCAGAAAUCAGAUGACUUCCAUUAACUCUUGGUGCCUUUGAAAAUGUAUCUGUGGUGCUUUUGGAUGACGAGCUUCCAGCCUGCUGCCUAAUUGUGGCUCGACGGUAUGUUAGAGGAAAUAAGAUCUUAAGUCAGACCUUACAAAUAUGACUUUGGGCAGUGGGAGCAUAAACUUCACAUGUGAAGUGAUGCAAUCCAGUCCUCUCCAGUUCGUGCCUGUAUUUCUUCACCAUAGGGACCUUUGAGUUUGGGAGGAUUAUUUUUGUUCUCCUUUUUACGUGAAAACAGUUCAGAAAAAACAGAAAUAGGUGGCCACGGGCCAGUGCCCAGGCUCCGUCAGCAGCCCAGCUGGCUGGACUUACGGGCCAGCUCUGCCUCCCUACCUGCUGCUUAAAUUGUUCAGUGCUGCAACAUUCCCGGCUGGGAACUGUCCCCUUCCCCAUGGCAGGGCAGCAGCAUCCGGGGAUGGCACUACCUGGUGCCUCCUCGCGUGGGUAUUUUGGCGCCAGGGUCAGAUUUGGCAAACAUUUUUCCUGUGGUGUUGGUUUUUAAAAACGUAAUACAGAGAGAAUAAUAUUCCUGAUGUCUCAGUCUUAAGGAAUUUUGACAGUAAAGAUUUAACUUCCAAAAUAAAUCAAAAUGUAAUGGCAGUUCCUGCAUGAGACCCAAGAAUCGGGAGUGACUUGAAAGGGAAAAUAAAUUAACAAAGCCAGUUCUGUCAGAACUGGAGCUGAAACAGUAUUAUUCAUUUAAGGGCAGUUUCACUUUUAAGAAGCUUAGUUUGUUUUAAUAAGCCAGGAUUGUGCUAGUAACACUACUAAAGAGCUUAUAUUUAAUGCUUUAAUCUGUCCCAUUCAAAUGGCACAAUUUCCACGCUACCUGCCUUUGCAUUAGUACGUAUCCCAACUAAAUCCUAAAUCCUGCAAAUGAGGGGCUGCGCUCUGCUUUCUGGCUGAUCGCAUUUGGAGUAAUUCUGUGUUUUAUUCUGCAGCGCCGAGAAGAAAAUGGCUGAAUCCCGAACAGUAUUUCUGCUCGGCCUUUGCUAGGUCUCCGAAGCGCUGCGUGACUUCGGAUGCGCUCGGUCAGGGCUUCCUCACCGUCCCGCUCACGUUAACAGGGAUGGCCCUUUAGCGAGUAAAAAGAGCCAUAACUGGAACCAUGCCCAAAUUUGUAUGGGAGUACAGGUUUUUUUAAUGGCCACCGCUGCUUGCUUCAUGAGGCAGGCAGCACCUGGGUGCUCCGCCGCCUCCUCUGAGAUGGAGGCCAUCAAACCCGCUCGGCUGAGGAUCGGUGGUGAUGGCAGCGCCUUCCUCCCCCAGGCAGAAGGUCGGGAUUUCAGCUUCCUGAGAUUGCACAUGCAGCUGGGCGAUGGAGCGUCCUCGCGUUCUGUCUGCGGGCAGAGAUCGUUACAGGCAAAGCAGAGAGUUUUCAUUGUCCCCUACAGCAAAAUGGGACUGAUUGCCACACACUGUUUUUUUCUCCGGUCAUUCAGGUUUGGACUGUUUUCACCUCCCGCCUUCGCUUUCCCUUAUUAUUUUUUAAAAAUAGAAAAUGUCUGGGCAGCAUAAAACAGGUUCCCUAGGAGAGGGGGGCUGAACACUAAAGCUGAAUGGCUACUUAAAGUACUGAAGUCAAAUCUUUUUCUAAGAGUUUUCUUUAGCACAAUAAUGCAAAAGCGAUGAGAGAAAAAUGCUUGAAUCUGAAUGCUUGAAUUUAAAAGAAAUUGAAGACUGAAGGAGGGAGGGAGAUUCUGACAUGGCCUCUGCAAGCUGUGCCAAGAAAGGGUCCCAAUCCUGCUAAAACAGUUGAUUAAAGCCUUCUGUUUUUCUGAGGCUGGGAUUUCAGAUUCAGGUCCAUAAUGUAUUGUUUUAUUUCUGCACAUUUAUCUUUUUAUAGAACAUCUGUGGUGAUGUUUUCCACUGAAUCCAGGUCCUAGCGAUCUGAGUAACCGAAUUUACCUGUGGCCACCGCUAGCCAUUUGGUGGACAUUCACAACCAAGACUGGACACUUUCUGCUACAAGCGCAUUAACAGUUCACGGAUGGGUGACACCCCCCCCCCCCCCCCCAAUCUUACUUCUCUCAGCUACUUUUGCAGAGAAACUGAAAUAGCCCCCACUGAAGCGCACAGGGGAUGUGUGCGAGUUCCCGUGUCGGUGGCAUCUUCGCCAGUACGGACCGUGCUUUAUCAUCUCCACAAUGACCAGGCAACACUACCAGCGACCCGCAGGCACACUCCCGCCUUCCGAAGCGCUUAUGUUUUAGGUAGACGACGUGGUUUUGUUUUGUUUUGGUUUUUUUAUUAUUUUUAAGAGGCGGCUUUGCAUGCGCCGUUAUUUUACCCGCGGAACUAGUAUUAUGCAUUUCAAAACAUUGUUAUCGUUUGUAUUUUAUGCCGCGACACCGAAUAAACCGUUGAUGAUUUGUAGGCCCGCGGGCUGCCAGUGGAGCUGUGACCCCACACACACCCCCGCGGGAAGCCUCUGCGGGGCCUGGCCAUCCCGGCCCCGCUGCGGGGUCACCCGCCCCGGUUUCCCUCGGUCGAGUCCUCACGGUGCC